CCUCGGAUAUUCCAAUGGACAGCUUAGUUUUCCAAUGGUGGAAUUCUGCAGCAGUCAUAUUUUUUCCCCUUUCAGAACCCCUUCUCUUCUUUUUUAAGCGGAAACCUCAGCAUGCUGGCCACCCACCAAACUACAUGGAGAUGAUUUGGUAUCAUGAUACUCCAGAUUCUUCUGUGGUCUUGCUGCUUCUAUUGCUGUUUUUCUCCCCAUUUGGGCUACUCAAGGGCUGCAGCUUUAAUUAUUCACCUAUCGCUACUUCUGACUUUUCCCAGGAUAUAAAACCCCUGAAAGAAUAUUUGCUCCUGGACUACAAAGUAUCGAUGAAGUUCAUUCUGAAACCGGUACAGUCUUUAUGGCAGCUUUUACCUCAGGGGUGA